AUGAACUAUGUACUUGCAUUCCUGAUUGUCUUCCAGCUGACAGAUGUGGUCCUCGGGCAAAUCACUAGUCCCUCAGCUGGCGCCAUCUACGAAGCAGGUUCUACGCUCCUGAUUACAUGGCAAGGAGGAGGAGACACAAUCACCAUAGUCCUGGAAACUGGCGUUCUACAUAUCCCUGCAUCCGGGACAACAAUUGCCAGCGAUGCUCCCAAUUUUGGAACAUACACCUGGGACAUCCCGUCCAAUAUCACACCAGCGAAUAACUACGCCAUCGUGAUUUUCGGCCCUAGCUUUGACAUGACAGGCGAUAACUUCGAGAUCACCGACAGUGGCAGUUCUUCCAGCACUUCAUUAGCACUAAUUGUCGCUGGACUAACAAAAGUUCAGACUUCAACCACGAUUAUAACGAAUAGUAAUACUUUAUCUUCUGCCACGACGACAAGCCAAGCAUCGAGACCAACUUCUUCAACAAUAGCAAACGGACUCUCUACUGGUGGAAAAGCCGGAAUUGGAAUUGGUGUCAUCAUUGGUAUACUAGCACUUAUUGUUCUUGUCUUAGCCGCAUUUCGGUAUCGUCAACGCAGGCAUCCUGCACGAAGAGGGCUUGAUCCCGGACCUGGGCCUUAUGAAAUGAGCGCGGAUACAAAUUGGCACGCCAGUCUGGCUAACAACAAAAUACACGAGAUGGAACAAGAGAAGCAAGGAUUCCUGCCCCCUCGUGCAGAGAUGGAUAGCAGGACUCCUCAAGAGUCGAAGUUUACCCAGCGACAUGAACUGGACCCAAGUCGCAUGCUAGGGCCCGAAUUACCCUCAAAUGUAUACCCAUCCCUUCACGAAUUGGAGGCAACCUCCGAGACCACGACCGUUGUUUCAAAGACUCUUUCCCGGAAACCGGUUGGAGCAACUCUGCCCGGCACGUAA